UGCUGUAAAUGUAAGCUACAUAAUAGAGUUCAAGGGCUCAGUAUGAAAAAAAGAAUGCAAAUAUAUGAUUAAUAAUUUUUAUGUUGAUUACAUGUUGAAAUGAUAGUAUUUUGAAUAAUGGGUUAUAUAAAAUAUAUUAAAAUUAAUUUAGCUUCUUUCUUCAUACUGUUUUGUGUGGCUACUAGAAAUUGUAAAAUUACAUAUGCAGUGUACAUUAUAUUUCUGUUGGACAAUCAGCACAAGGACCAGGGCAGCUCUUCCAUCUGGAAGGGCAAAGGGAAGCCCCAUAACAGCAGCCCUGGAGAUGAUGGGAAUCAUGGUAGAGCCCCUCUUACCCAUUUCAUAUGCCAGAGAUACACCAGCUGAUUACCAGCCUCUGGAAGAGACUAGUGCUGCCACUACCCUAUUUAUUUGUCCUGAGUGAGUUCCCAGAAAAUUGUAAGUAUAUCGGGGGAAAAGUUUCCAACUUAGUUUUAUAAUGAAAAGGGCUGUAAGCUAUCAGUCUAGAAGGAAACCUACAACUCAAAUACAACAUGUUGUUAUGGAAGGUAAAGUGGACCAGAAAUUAAGACUUGGAUUCUAAUUCAACUCUGCCAUCACUCUUCUGUUCUUUCCAUGACAUUGAGUUCUCACUGUGUGCCAGGCCAUAUGCUUGGCAUAGGACUGCCCUUUGCUAGGCAUUGGGAAUUCAAAAACAAGUAAGGCACAGCUUCCAAUGUAAUGGAGCUCACAUCCACUGUGAAUCUUCAAGCAAGACCUCCCAUUAAGGGGUCUGCCAGAGCAAAUCAGAUUAACAAAGGCAAAGGUGUCAUUUUAGGUCAAGGGUUAUAAACUUGAGUAAUAGGGCUUUUGAGAAGCUAGAAUAGCUGCCCUACCUAAGCACUUUCAAGUUAAAGAUUUUAGAAAAACACUAUGAUAGCCAAAUAAAACUACUUCAUAAGGCAUAGGGUAGAUCUGGUGUAGUGUAAAAUUCCAGGCCUAGAUAUUCUCUAAAGGACUGUUCCAACUCUAGCAUUUUCUUAUUUUGUAUUCCAGUUCCUUUUAUUCAGUGGCAAGAUUUUGUUUAUAUAUUUUGAGCACUAUACAUGCCAGGCACUGUUCUAGGUGUUAGGGAUACAGCAAUGAACAGAAUAGAGAGGUUGGGAAGAGCAGCAGAUAAUAAACAAAUACAUGAUCUAUCAGGUGACAGUAGGUUCAGUGAAAAGACUGUAGCAGAGUAAGAUGAUAGAAAAUGUGGCAUAUUUGGAAGGAGGGAGUAGUGUUCAGGGGUUAGAUUCCUGCUCACAUGCUUCUUUAGUCUGCUCACAAGGGCCAUAAGGUAGUAGGGAAAGGGCAUGAUGAGCGUGUAGGGAAGAUGAUUCUGAUGCUUUAAAGACAGUGAGACAGACUUUAUUUAGGGAGGCUGCCACAUUGGGGUACUGGAAUAAGGGAGAGAGAUUGAGCCAACUCUGAAUAAAAGGGAAAGUGGGAAUUUAUAGCCAAGGAGCAGGGCGAGGAUCAGUAGAUGGAAAAUUACCAAGAGGAAACAUCAGGAGUAAGGAGGAGUCUGGCUAACCCAACUUGACAGCAUUUUUGCUAGAGGUAGGCCAGCAUGUGGGUAAGGAAUUUGUUCUGAUAGCAAAGGUGGGUAAUUUUCACUAAACUGCACCCAGCAGGAUUCUUGGUAAUACUGAGCUAAUGUCAGGGGCCUGGUCAGAAAGUGGACUCAGAGGAACCAGACUGAAGUUUGGUCAAAGGGAAAGAGUCUCUGUCAUGAGCAUCAGAUUCUGGUUGACUAUAUAUUUGUUUUAUGGUUUGUUACACUCCUUGGUAUAAUAUACCUUGGCACAACUGAAAGGGAGCCCUGGGCAGGGCACAGAAUAUCCAUGCGCCUGACUUGCAUGUAGUCUUCAUUCUGGGAUCUUGAUGUACCAACCCCCUGAAGGCUGUAUCUGCUCUCACACAACUGUGCGUUAUUCCCCUUUGGAUGAGAUGCUUGAGGUUUUCUUUCCUUUAUAAUGCCUGCUUCUGGCCUGUAAAUGGGGUUCCUCCUAAUGCUGGUGAGGAGGGAUGGCAAGGCCUAGGAACUGCAACACUGGAACCUUGCUGUGCAUUCCAUCUAGGGCUUUCUGUAUUCCCUUAGGCCAAUCUUAUUCUUCAUACCUUGUGAUCCUUCAUACCUUGUGAAUCUUUGCCAAAGAUUAACAUUCUAAGAGAACCCCUACCUGCUGUGGCCCUAGAAAUCUCUUCCACCCACCAUAUUAGCCAUACAACAUAAUUGGUAAAUGGCCCAAGAAUGAUUUGACCACUUUUGGCAGCAGGUGGAGGGAGUGGGGCUCAGAGCUCUUGGCUUUCUGCUUUGAGGGCCUGUUUAACACAAAAUGAGAGGCUGCUUGAUAUAUGAAUAGACCAUGGAGUCCUGGCCUGUUCCCAAAGGUCCCCCAGUUGUUUCCUCCCAGUCGAAUUUGGUUCAGAAGCAAUUUUACAAGGAAUACUCACAUUCCUAAUCACAUUUAUUUGAUAAGUCAGAGAAGGAUAAUAGAAUCAGCUAUUUCAGAAAACUGAGGGUGUUUUUCUCUUGACUUUCUUUUGGUAGGCUGGUGCUGACGCAGUGUGAUUUGAGGGGUUUACACUCUGCUGUAGUUAUCAGAUUUCCAUCACUGAAGCUUUACUCCUUUUGAUUGAUAUGUUUUGUUUUGAUGUGUUCUCUUUUUAAAUGCAGAUAUCCCUUGAAAGGGCUGCCUUAUAUUUCCCAGUCUUAGGCAUUCCUUGAGAAAAGACCACAGAAAGGUACGGUCACUUUUUAGAGUAUAUGUAUGAAAUUUGGAGUUGACUAGAGUGGAUAGACCAACAGGAUAGGAGAGAGUGACAGCACUGGGUACCGUGAAGGAAACUAGAGGAUUGGGUUUGAGCUGGAUGGACCCCAAGGCUUCCUUAUCCCAUCCCAGCUCAAAAACUUACCACUUCCCUAUGACCUUCCCUGUCCUGGUUUUGCUGGGCCUCUUACCACCUGCCUGGCACAUUGGUUGAAUUGACUUAAAGAUCAAAAUGUCACCCUCAUACUUUGGUCCCUGUUAUUUCAUUCUUGGGGACAGUAGUAGCAAAGAAAGGCUGGGGCAGGAGGUGGCCUUGUAUUGGGCCUUCUGGUCCUGAGGGUUACCCUUCUAGCCUAUUAUGGCUUCUGGUAUCCUAUUGGGUUCCUAGCAAAUUGACUGGUUGAUUCUCUGGGUAUCAUACUGAACUCUGUCUUCUGCUUCAAAACCUAAAUACCUAGAUGACUAAGUGGGUUUGGUGCCUUUAGGGACCAUGUAUCCCAGGAGGUAAUUUGGAGUUCAUUUAGGGGCAGUGGCUACAAUUUCAGAAGAUUUGGAGGGGUUUGUUUGUUUGUUUAAUAUGGAAGCAAGUAUCUUCAUUUGGGGCUGGGAGAAGUUGCUAUGGCAGCUCUAGUUGGAAAGUUCCUAUUUGUCAGUAACGUAGGAAUCCAGGCAGCUUUGCCCUCAGUCCUUCAGAAGGACAUAGUAAAGGGCUCUGAACACAGUGGCUGUGCCAUCUGCACUCUGUGUGGCUGGCCGGCCAGCAUUGUAGGCAUUGUACUCUUGGACAGCAAGACUGUCCAGAAAGCUAGGCCAAGCCUAUCUAAAGUAUUGAUCUGAGGAUCAGAAGCACAUAGGCCUGAAAUUAACCUGGCCUGGACUGAAGCAAUAGCAGGAGAAUCAGCUUCAUUUUUGUUGCUGAAAAACUGCCUCAUCUGAACCAAAGUAGGGCUGGCCUUUGGAGGACCUAUCAGUGAGUUCUGAACCUCACGAUCGUUAAAAAGGAAAAGCUUGCCUCCUGUAGCUGUUUGCCUCUGCCUUAUGUUCUCAGGCUGCCUGAGGGAGGAUGGCAGGACUCCUAUCACCUGUAUCAAAAGGUGGGGACUGAAUAGUUUGCCUUUAUAUUCACCUAAAAAGAAAACUUUUAAAAGAGAGCAGGACUAGCAAAGAAUAACACUCUAAGGUGGGAUUUCAGGCACUGCUGCAGACCGUUAGAAAGACUGGAAAAGAAGUCCUGGUUCACUCGAAUCAUAACCAUUUAGGUGGUUGCAUGCUUGGCUUAGUUAUUGAUUUCCCUGCUGCUUUGUCUCAGGGACAUACCAUGUCAGUAAUAAUAACACUACAUUACAGUUUACUAAACACCAGUCUCUCAUUUCAGCUUUAUAACAUUCCUGUGACUGUCUUCCCGACAGAUGAGGAAACUAAAGCACAGAGAGGUCAAGUGUUUAAUCCAGGCUCACUAGUAAAGCAAGACUUAACUUAAGUCUAGUAACACUUGCUCAUGGCUUCAUGUGGUCAUACACAGAGCUUCCAUUUUGGUUUACUAAGUAGUCUUUCUCCUUGAAACAAACUUGAAAGGCUCAUUGUCAGCUCCAGCCCUUUUGGUGCCAGGGACAUUGUUCAGAGCUAAUACCAGAUGCCAAAACCAAAUCCAGGACACCCAGAUCUUGCACAGUUGGGGAGAAAAUAAAGGGUGGCUUUGGAAAUAAAGAUUUUGUACUUGUGGGAUGAGACAAAGAAGAAUUUGGUAAGUCAGUCCUAGAAUUGGGGACUUCGCUGCCGAAGCAGCUGAGCACUAAGCCCAAGAUACAGGAGUUCUGGUUGUGCACAUAGAGCCUCCUCUCCGACAGACUAGACUGAGAUGGCCAAAUUAUGGAGAUGGCUUAUCUGCCCCCUGAGACAUUGGAGUGAAGCAAAAAUGCUUAAAAAGCAGUAAUUGGGCCUCCCCAAUGCCGCACAGGAUGGGUAGAAUUCUUAGAUGAGGAAUUCCUGAAUGAAAUAGAGUGUUUAGAUGAGCUAGAGAGAAGGGAACAAAUGAAAUGGGAACUAAUCUAGUUUCUGUCUCUUGGUUCUAGGUCCAGUUAUUUCCAGUAAAAGGGGUCAGCUUCAUCUUUAUCUCAGGUCUUGUGACUCAUCCUUCCAGUUCUUCCUAGUCUGGGGAAGCACGGUGCUUUUUAACUUUAGGCCCUCAGACUGUAGAUGGUUUCCUUUCCUGAAAAUGAGUUGCUGUGGGAACUGUCAGCUUGUGUUCUUCACAGGCAGUUUUUCCCCUUUUAGGGUUAAAUUGAGUACUGGAUAAAGAAAAGGAAGCAGGGGUCUAGAAGAUUUAGAAAUCUAGAUCAAAUCUAGAAAAUGGGGAAGCCAUCUCUGGUUGAAGAACAAGAAGGGUAGCAUGUCUCCCAUCAACCCAUUUUGCCGCUCUCAGGGUGACCUAGCAGAGCCAGGGAAUACUGGCAGUUUAACUAACUCCCCACCUGUCCCAUGCAUUGUUCUCUCCAGGCCAUUCAGAGGGUUAGGGCAACCUUCUGUUACUCCAGGAGUGGGCAAUGCUGGAAAAUCACUCACCCUGCUGCUCUGAAGGAGGCAUCAGAUCAGGUGUUCUGUGGGCCAGGAAAGCUGAACCUGUGUAUUGAUUAGGCUGCUCCAAACUCUUAAACUCUUGGGGACUCUUAAAUGGAGUUUUCUUUUCCAAGUUGAAAAUACUUGCCAUUGACCUUUUUUCCCCAGAGAAGGGUUGCUGUCACUAAACAAAAGAAAAUCACUCUGUGCUAUAAGCACAGGCAGCAGCAAACCUUUGGGCAGCUGAGUCUUUACCAGAAGCAGCAACUGGGAAAAAAAGAAACAUUCCAUGUUUUGUCUGUGUCUUUCAUUGUGUAUGUGAUUUGAGCUUGGAUGGUUAAACAUCUGGGUGUUCAUUCUUGAGCCAGACUCUAGUGUUGAAUUCUGUAAAGGUUCAGUCACUCAUUGACCUCACUCCAACUACUUCCCGUGAGUGUGUCUCAAUCCUGAUGCCUUUGGGUACUUGGCCAGAACACAAGAACUUGAUUUGAUUUUACAUCAGUACUCUGAUAGGAAGCCAAGGAAAGAGAACUGCCUAUAGCUGUUAAGGCCAGCAUUGGGAGACAGGUCAGGGUUGACUCCUACAGUCUUAGAAGGUAAUGUUCUAUUCCUGCUUGACAGCUUGACUCAGAUUAAAAUUAUCCUGCUGAUUUCUGACUGAGUGCACUAUUUUCCUUUUUUACUAGCUGCAGGAUCCAGGGGCAUGUGCCAGGUUUGGAGACCACACAUGGGACCAUUCCAGGCAGCGCUGUGGGCUAAGCCCAAGGCAUCAACCAACAAUAAUUGCUAGAAAUAAACUGAAAAGAGCAGGACAGGGUACUGCCUUCCAAGGCAAUCUCCAUUAAGCAUCUUGACCAGAAAUAAGAGGAGGAAGCAGAGAAUCUCUCAGACACUGAGGGAGAAAAUGAAGCGAUUGUUGCAAGAGUCAGAGGAAGAAAUCAUGGUCACCUUGGGACCCUCCUCCAGGCCUACCCCAGAUAAAGCUAAGGGAGAGACUGUGUGUGGCAUCAAGAGCAAGUCCUUAGGCCCUACUGGAUCCUUACCAGAGGACACCUUCCUGCCCCUUCACUGUGAAUCAACAGCCUCAGCCCCUGGUGGUGAUAGAAAUGGGGGCCUGGCCCAGCAUUGCAGCUUUGCGCAGACAACCAGCAGACAACUUCCUCUGGGCUCCACUGCCUGUGCUUCAGGGUCUGACUCUCUGGACCUCUCAUCUGUUAGUGUUACCACAAGCUAUCAAGAGCCCUCAGAGAGAAAUCAAGCCAAGUAUCUUAUUUCCAGGGGCCCCAGGCAAGGCUGCACUCAUGAACAGCAAGAGCCUUUGGGGGAUGUAGUAGACUAUAUAAUCAGAGAGCUGCAAGGCAUCAGCCGUCUCCAAACUGAGAUUGCUGAACUGCAGCAGCACUUGAGCCAAGUACGGGGUUCAGUGGAUGAAGUCUCUAGCUGUGUAGACUCAGUUCUGAGUGAAAUAGAAGGCUGGCAGGUGGGAAGCAGCUCCAUAGCCAAGGUGUGCAUGGAGAGAAAGGCCCAGGAACCCUAUGUGGACAGACCCAGUGAGGAAGCCAUUCUGUAUCUGUAUGGACUUCCCGAACAAGAUGGGGAAAAUACAGCGGAGCUGGUGCACAGCUUCCUGGCCAAGCACCUCUGUGUUAAUGGUAUGCAGUGUAACAGGUACAUCAAAGAGGCUUACAGAGCAGGCAAAGCCCCAGGCCCCAGGCCUGCUGUUGUGAAGCUUGCCCAUCCAGAGCACAGAGACUUCAUCUUGCAGAAAUCCAUCCUCUUGCAGAGUGUAGGCGUCUGGAUUGCCACCAGAGAAGAACCAAGCUGGCCUCAGUGCUGUAAGAAUCCCCAGAAGGAUUCUCUGUCAUUUUUGCAACAACCUCAGAAUCAUAAUUCGAAUUUAAACAAAGGUGAACCACUUCUUCACAUGGAAACAGGAGACAGAGGACCCAGAACAGGAGCGUAUCAAACAAAGGCUCAGAAUCAAUAUAGAGAACCCCAGACCCCUGAGCAGCAAGGCCUUUGCUUCCUAACUAAGAAUAAUUUAGCAAAGCUAAGUGAUGUGUCUAAGCCAGGAAAUGAAGUAAAGGGAACAUCAGGACCAUCCCAGGUUAUUAGUGGCAGCUGUAGUGAAUUGACAGGAAGAGAGGCUUCUCUGUCUCCCCUCAAUCAAUUUGAAGAGCAUGCCCAAGUGCUAAUCUCAAAGGAGGAGGAUUCUGGGACUUGUGUUUUCAAACAGUGCAGCCAAGGACUUGAAACAUGUAACGUAACAAAAAGAAAAAACGACUGCAGUGAUAAAAGUGAGGCUAGCAGCAGCCUAUCACUGUCUGGGUUGCUGAAGAUGGAGGACAAGCUCCUGGUCUGUGAAGCUGGGCUUGAUAUUCUGAGCCCAAAGCAGCUAGAGGACCUUUUGACAGACAAGUCCAGAAAGUUUGCAAUGAGCUGUGACAGCAUGCUGGAGGAAAUUACCAUAGGGCCUGAGACUUUCAGUGACAUGGUUCAUAUUGACUUGAAUGAAGAGGAGGAAUGUGCUGCUCAGGUCCUUAAAGAUGUCUUUGAAAAGUCCUCUUGUGGUCUGAGUGGCUCACAGGAGGGUGAAGAUAUAGAAAUUAAGUUUUACAUGAGCAAACUGGGCAGAGCAAUUUACCACUUUCGUUCCGCUCUGCAGGGAGUAUUUCAGAAGCUGGAGACUAGUGGGUCCGUCAGUUCUAAGGACCUGGAGACCAAUGAGAGUGGCUCCCAGUCAGAGAACAGUGAUAGACUUCUUGGGACAUUGAGUUCAGGGGGUGCCCAAGAUUUCUCAGUGGAGAGCCCUGGGAGUCAGGGCAGUGAGAGCUUGCUCAGUAUGGUCUCCAGUGGCGUGGGCAUCUCUACCCAGGGAGAUCAAACACCUCAGGAUCCCAGCAUCUUCUCUCUGGCUUCUAAUAACUCACCUCUUGCAUGUUCAUUGCCAGGUUUUGCCCUGGCUCCUUGUUUGGGAAGUGAAACUUGUUCCAGGCCUGAAUCUCCCAAGCAAAGCAGACUAAGCCUAGAGCAAGUGUGUACAGAGACCAUCUACCUCAACAAGUGCAUCAGCAAUUUUAAAAAUGUUCUAAGAGAGAAAAGACUGAGGCAGAAAAAACUUUUGCAUGAGCUAGUACAGAAGGCAAGCCAUCUCUCGGUAGAAGACCUGCACCCAGAAGGAAAGCGAGGAGCCUUUCAGAUUCCAGAUGAUGGUGACCCCUCUUUGCCCCAGUGGAUCCCAGAAGGGCCAGCUGGAGGCCUCUAUGGCAUUGACAGCAUGCCAGAUCUACGCAGAAAGAAGCCACUGCCACUUGUUAGUGAUCUGUCACUGGUCCAGUCCCAGAAGGCAGGGAUUGCUUCUGCAAUGGCUACCCGCACCUCUCUCAAGGAUGAAGAGCUGAAAUCCCAUGUGUAUAAGAAAACCCUGCAGGCCUUAAUCUACCCCAUCUCAUGCACCACACCCCACAACUUUGAGGUUUGGACUGCCACUACCCCGACCUACUGCUAUGAGUGUGAAGGCCUGCUCUGGGGCAUUGCCCGGCAGGGCAUGCGCUGCAGCGAGUGUGGAGUCAAGUGCCAUGAAAAGUGCCAGGACCUGCUCAAUGCCGACUGCCUACAGCGGGCUGCAGAAAAGAGCUGUAAACAUGGAGCUGAGGACCGGACCCAGAAUAUUAUCAUGGCCAUGAAGGACCGCAUGAAGAUCCGAGAGCGGAAUAAGCCAGAGAUCUUUGAAGUUAUUCGAGAUGUCUUCACUGUGAGCAAAGUUGCUCAUGUGCAGCAGAUGAAAACAGUGAAGCAGAGUGUGCUGGAUGGCACCUCAAAAUGGUCCGCCAAGAUUACCAUCACUGUGGUUUGUGCCCAGGGCCUACAAGCCAAGGACAAGACAGGAUCCAGUGAUCCUUACGUGACUGUGCAGGUGGGAAAAACCAAGAAGCGUACCAAGACCAUUUUUGGGAACCUGAAUCCUGUUUGGGAAGAGAAGUUCCAUUUCGAGUGCCACAACUCUUCCGACCGCAUUAAAGUACGCGUGUGGGAUGAGGAUGAUGACAUCAAGUCGAGAGUAAAGCAGAGGCUAAAGCGAGAGUCUGAUGAUUUCCUUGGCCAAACCAUCAUCGAGGUUCGGACACUGAGUGGCGAGAUGGAUGUCUGGUAUAACUUGGAGAAGAGGACAGACAAAUCAGCUGUCUCAGGGGCUAUCCGACUACAUAUCAGUGUGGAGAUCAAGGGGGAGGAGAAGGUAGCCCCAUAUCAUGUGCAGUAUACAUGUCUCCAUGAGAACCUUUUCCAUUACCUCACAGACAUUCAAGGUAAUGGAGCAGUCCAGAUCCCUGAGACUCGAGGAGAUGAUGCAUGGAAGGUGUACUUUGAUGAGACUGCCCAAGAGAUUGUCGAUGAAUUUUCCAUGCGCUAUGGCAUUGAAUCCAUAUAUCAGGCCAUGACGCACUUUGCAUGUUUGUCAUCCAAGUACAUGUGUCCUGGUGUGCCAGCAGUGAUGAGCACCUUACUGGCCAACAUCAAUGCCUACUAUGCCCACACAACUGCCUCCACCAACGUCUCUGCCUCUGAUCGUUUUGCAGCCUCCAACUUUGGGAAAGAGAGAUUCGUAAAACUACUGGACCAGCUGCAUAAUUCACUGAGGAUUGACCUCUCUACAUACAGGAAUAAUUUCCCUGCUGGGAGCCCUGAGCGGCUUCAGGACUUAAAGUCUACAGUGGAUUUGCUGACCAGCAUUACUUUCUUCAGAAUGAAGGUGCAAGAACUACAGAGCCCUCCACGAGCCAGCCAGGUUGUAAAGGAUUGUGUGAAGGCCUGUUUGAACUCCACAUACGAGUAUAUCUUCAACAAUUGCCAUGACUUGUAUAGCCACCAGUACCAGCUGAAGCAGGAACUACCUCCAGAGGAACAGGGACCCAGCAUGCGGAAUCUGGAUUUCUGGCCUAAACUCAUCACGCUCAUUGUGUCAAUCAUAGAGGAAGAUAAGAGUUCCUACACACUUGUUCUGAACCAGUUUCCUCAGGAGUUGAAUGUGGGAAAAGUCAGCGCAGAAGUGAUGUGGCAGCUCUUUGCCCAAGACAUGAAAUAUGCACUGGAGGAGCAUGAGAAAGACCGGCUGUGUAAGAGUGCUGACUACAUGAACCUGCACUUCAAGGUGAAGUGGCUCCACAAUGAAUACGUGCAGGAUCUGCCUGUCCUCCAGGGGCAGGUGCCUGAGUACCCCACGUGGUUUGAGCAGUUUGUCCUACAGUGGCUGGAUGAGAAUGAGGAUGUGUCCCUGGAAUUCCUGCGUGGCGCCCUAGAACGAGAUAAGAAGGAUGGGUUCCAGCAGACAUCAGAGCACGCGCUCUUUUCCUGCUCUGUGGUGGACGUCUUCACACAGCUCAACCAGAGCUUCGAGAUAAUCCGAAAGCUGGAGUGCCCAGACCCCAGCAUCCUUGCCCACUACAUGAAGAGAUUUGCUAAGACCAUCGGGAAGGUGCUGAUGCAGUAUGCAGAUAUCUUAUCAAAGAACUUCCCAGAUUAUUGCACAAAGGAGAAAAUGCCAUGCAUCCUGAUGAACAACAUGCAGCAACUGAGGGUCCAACUGGAGAAAAUGUUUGAGGCCAUGGGAGGCAAGGAGUUGGACCCUGAAGCUGCAGACAGUCUGAAGGAGCUGCAGGUGAAACUGAACACAGUUCUGGAUGAGCUCAGUAUGGUGUUUGGAAACAGUUUCCAGGUGCGGAUUGAUGAGUGUGUUCGACAAAUGGCUGACAUCCUGGGCCAGGUGCGGGGCCCAGGGAAUGCAUCCCCCAAUGCCAGGGCCUCAGUGGCUCAGGAUGCAGACAGUGUGCUCCGACCUCUCAUGGACUUCCUGGAUGGCAACCUCACACUCUUUGCCACUGUGUGUGAGAAGACGGUCCUGAAGCGUGUACUGAAGGAGCUCUGGCGGGUGGCAAUGAACACAAUGGAAAGAAUGAUUGUUCUGCCCCCACUAACUGACCAGACGGGCACCCAGCUGAUCUUCACUGCUGCCAAGGAGCUGAGCCAUCUUUCCAAACUCAAGGACCACAUGGUGCGAGAGGAAACGCGAAAUCUCACUCCAAAGCAAUGUGCCAUCCUUGACCUCGCUCUGGACACCAUCAAGCAAUACUUCCAUGCAGGAGGCAAUGGGCUGAAGAAAGCUUUCCUGGAGAAGAGCCCAGAUCUGCAGUCCCUACGCUAUGCCCUGUCUCUGUAUACACAGACCACAGACACACUCAUCAAGACCUUUGUACGCUCGCAAACUGCUCAGGUGCAUGAUGGGAAAGGUAUUAGGUUUACUGCUAAUGAGGACAUUCGGCCGGAAAAGGGGUCCGGUGUGGAUGAUCCUGUGGGAGAAGUCUCUGUUCAGGUAGACUUGUUUACACAUCCAGGAACUGGAGAGCACAAGGUCACAGUGAAAGUGGUAGCAGCCAAUGACCUCAAGUGGCAGACCGCUGGUAUGUUCCGGCCCUUUGUGGAAGUGACCAUGGUUGGCCCACACCAAAGUGAUAAGAAACGGAAGUUCACAACCAAGUCAAAAAGCAACAACUGGGCCCCCAAGUACAAUGAGACAUUUCACUUCCUCCUAGGAAAUGAAGAGGGGCCAGAAGCCUAUGAGUUGCAAAUAUGCGUGAAAGAUUACUGCUUUGCCCGGGAGGAUCGAGUUCUGGGGCUGGCUGUGAUGCCUCUGAGGGAUGUGGCAGCCAAGGGCAGCUGUGCCUGCUGGUGCCCCUUGGGCCGGAAGAUCCACAUGGAUGAGACAGGCAUGACCGUUCUCCGGAUUCUGUCUCAGAGGAGCAAUGAUGAGGUGGCCCGAGAGUUUGUGAAGCUCAAAUCGGAGUCUCGUUCCAUGGAGGAGGGAAGCUGAGCACCCAGACUCCAGUGCCAAUCAGAUGGCACCAGUUCUACUAAUCAGGAUCAGUGGGAGUUACUAUGCAGCUGGCUUAGGUUUCUCACAGUCAAGAGGCUGACUCCUUCAUUUGAGAAAAUUUAAGGAAAAAUUUGAGCUGGUGAGGAUAUGACUUUUUACAGAAAGGGUCACGAGUUCCUGACCAGCAGGUUUGUGGUGCUAGUUGCUGGGCUAUGGGGGUUACUGCAUAGGGAGAUUAUCCAUAAAGAGAGAGGGACAGGCAUUUCUGAGAGUGUCAGCCAUUCUUGGUAGACACCCUCCACCCCACACUCCAUCUCUAUCCCUCUCCACCCCUCUCCAAACCAUACUCUAUCCAGUUAGACCCAUAUGCCAGUCAUUAGAAGAACAAGUUUAGGAGGCCUGGACAGAUAAGUAGUCAAUUGAGCCUGCUGGUAUGAACAAGCCCUGUAGUCUGGAUUGGAGUAUGUCCAGAGCACAAGCAUACAGAAUAGAAUUCAGACUAUCCCUCGAGCAGGAACCACAGGUUUUGUGUGGCUCCACUAAGAAAGUUUUGAAACUGAACAGGGUAUCUUCCAGCAAAUAGCUGUGCUAAUCCCUUCCCCCAGAUUAUAUCUGUCAUGAGUCAAAUGAAGUUCACAUGGUACUUCAGAGACCUGAGCAGAAUAUUCUUUGGAACCCAAGCACCAGGGUCCACCAGCCCAGGAUUCCCCCUACCUCAUUCCUGUAGGAAAGAGCAUGAUGCUGCUGGACAUGAGAGGCUGUUCUUAAGAGUUUGUACCUGAGGGCUAGUUGAAGGGUCCAGGAGAGAGGGCUGUAUUUUCUACCUGGAUAGGCCCUGAACAAAGCCAAAAAUUGUAGAAACCAGUCUAGAAAGUCUUCAUCUCUAGCCACUGCCUUCUGGUUGUCCUCUGCCUUGCAGCAAGAAUCUAGCCCUUGACAUCACUCCCUUUCAUCAAGGUCGGCUGCCUUUCCCCUCAGACGAAUAGACCUGCAGAAGGAGCUUGGACUGUGAUCCCUCUGUACAGGCUGGGUGGAGGUGGAGGCCCUCAACACUUCCUGGGAGGUCAGAGACAAACUCUUCCAGGGACUUAUAUGGACCUUCCAGUCCCUUGCUCAGAGAUGUGACAUGGUCAUUGGAUAUCCUGUGUAGCAGCCUCCUGAACCUCCUGAGGACUCUGUGUGUCUACAGCUGUACUGGCCAUUACAUGAAGCAAGGAACUAAGCACUUUUGCUGUUGUUAAUUAUUAUAUGUGCCAUUGUUACAGGAAAUUUUGGCGAGUCUGUAAUAAAUUACCUUACAGCAGCA